CACUACAGAAAAGAUUGUCCCUACAUGUCAGGUUCCUUCAACAAGCAGAGUCAAUCAGCCAUCGAUGUCACCCAGAACAGAAAAUGAAUCAUCAGUUUUGACAGAUGAGUAUUCUAUUUUUAGAUGUAAUUGUUAUGAUUUACACGGUGACAGUUUUACCCAUGAAUAUUUUGAGUAUGAACAGGGUCAAAAAGCAAUAAUUGUUAAAGAUAGGUUAAAACAGUGUUAUGAUUUUUGGCAUAAGAUUGGUGCUAAUGAUUUUAUACUGGAUACAAUCAAAAUGUUUCUCGGACGAAAUAGAAGAUUUACCAGAUGUUUUGGUCGAUAAGGUGACCUGGAUCCCAGAACUACUGAAGGAUGCUCGUGCCGACAGUACCACCAAAUGUUACAAUCGAGGUUUUAUUCGGUGGAGGAAAUGGGCCUUGAGUAAUUCUUUGGGAGAAAAGGACAUCUUUCCGGCCAAGCCAUUUAUUUUUGGUAUAUAUUUGUGUUCUAUCGUUCAGUCUUCAAAUUCAUUCAGUGCUGUAUCAAAAUCAUAUUAUAGUGUUAAAUGGAUGCAUGAUUUAUAUGGCUUGACAUCGCCUACUGAUUCAUCGUUAGUAAAAAACAUAUUAGAAGCUGCUAAACGAAAGCUUUCUAAGAAAAUUGUGAAGAAAGAACCAGUGACUCCUGUUAUGUUGCUUAGAAUGUUCAAUAGUCUUUAUCAGGAAAACAAUAUCAAGAAUCAGAGAAUUAUUUGCGCAUGUUUGUUAGCAUACGCAGGAUUUUUGAGAAGUGAAGAAUUACUUAAGAUUAGACGUUCCGAUAUAGUAUUCCAUUCCACAUAUAUCAAUAUAUUUAUUGAAUCAAGCAAAACUGACGUUUAUAGAGAUGGAAAUUGGGUAACAAUUUCUUGCACAGGUACUAUGUUGUGUCCUGUAGUAAAUUUACAGCGAUAUUUAACAUGGGCGAAUAUUGACUCUGAUUCUGACAUUUAUAUAUUUUGUGGAAUGUCAAAAUGCAAAAAUGGAUAUAAGUUAAGGGAUAUGAAUAAACCCAUUUCGUAUACAACUUUGACAGAACUGUUUAUUGAAGCGUUUAAAUAUCAUGUUUCGGAUAUUUCUAAAUUCGGACUUCACAGCCUGCGCUCCGGGGGCGCAACUGCAGCCGCGAAUAACGGCAUUAAGGACAGACUUUUUAAGAGACAUGGAAGGUGGCGUAGUGAAAACGCCAAAGAUGGUUAUAUUAAAGACUGUUUAUCUGAAAGACUUUCUGUUUCUCAGAAUUUGGGUUUAUAAACUUUGAAUUAGUUUUCAAGCACAUGGUAUUAUUUUGUAACUUAUAGUUUCCCGUUCUUUGAUUCAUCGUGCCCAAGUGCUCAUUACAUAUUAUACAAUAUAUGAAGCAUAUUGUGUUUUUGUUCUUUUGGUACAAAGAUCUGUGUAGGUUUAAGGAAAUAUAUUUUCCGUCGGUUAAGCGAAGCGAAUUAAGCGGGAAAUAUUUUCCUUGAAUAGGUAUAGAUCUUUUGUUGUAUCAGGCCAAUCAAAAUCUUGUUUUGAUGGUUGUUUUGUUGGUAGCCUUAGUAACGCUGGUAAGGCAAGUUAUCGUGCCGAUUGUUGUGAUUUGUAUGGUCAUUCAGGUUUGGGCACCUAUGCUUACAAACAGAUUAUUUUUUAAAUCUAAAUCACGGGAAAUUAUUUGUUACUUUAUUUAAAAAUAUUUAUAUAUAUAUAUAUAUAUACAUGAGAAGUGAAUGUUAUUCAUGUUCAAUCAUUGAAUUGAUACUUAUGAAUUGAAUGGUAUUUGAAGUUGUUAUAUGAUUCAUGUCAGUAUUUUCUUAUAUGUAAAUGUAAUGGAUAUUAUUGGAAGAAGAAACAGUGUAAGCUAAUCGUGCCCAAGUGCUCAUUACAUAUUAUACAAUAUAUGAAGCAUAUU